UUCUGUCACUAACUUGACGCUCCGCUCCGGAAAAGCAACGAGUUGUAAAGAAACGCGACUGACUGACUGAAGAGAGUGGAGGAUGGAGGUCUUUAAGUGACCCACAUCUCAUAUUAGACCCACACAUUAACCAGGCUGGUUCUUGCAGUCGAGUAUCUUUCUCCACCAAGAUGUCGGCGUCGGCGAUAUUUCUCCUCGACCUGAAGGGAAAGGUGCUGAUCUGCCGUAACUAUAUGGGGAACAUGGACAUGAAUGAGAUUGACCACUUCAUGCCCAUCCUGAUGAAGACGGAAGAGGAUGCUGAGAUGACACCGGUGGUCAGCCAUGGCUCUGCACACUUCAUGUGGAUCAAACACAGCAACCUUUACUUGGUUGCAAUGACCAAGAAGAACGCCAACGCUGCUCUUGUGUACUCCUUCCUUUAUAAAAUAGUCCAGGUAUUUAAGGAAUACUUCAAGGAGCUCGAGGAGGAGAGCAUCCGUGACAACUUUGUGACGGUGUAUGAGCUGAUGGAUGAAGUGAUGGACUUUGGCUUCCCUCAGACAACUGACAGCAAGAUCCUACAAGAGUACAUCACCCAACAGGGUCAUAAAUUAGAGGUCGGGGCUCCUCGACCUCCAGCCACUGUCACCAACGCUGUGUCCUGGCGGUCAGAGGGCAUCAAGUACAGGAAGAAUGAAGUUUUUAUGGAUGUCAUUGAGUCAGUAAAUCUACUGGUGAGUGCCAGUGGCAGCGUCCUGCGCAGUGAAAUAGUGGGCAGCAUCAAGAUCAAAGUAGUUCUGUCUGGGAUGCCUGAACUCAGACUGGGUCUCAAUGACAAAGUGCUGUUUGAAAUCACAGGCAGAGAGAAGACCAAGGGAGUGGAGCUGGAGGAUGUGAAGUUUCAUCAGUGUGUCCGUCUGUCACGCUUCGAGAACGACCGCACCAUUUCUUUCAUCCCCCCCGAUGGCGAUAGCGAGCUCAUGUCCUACCGCCUUAACACUACAGUGAAGCCUCUCAUAUGGAUUGAGAGCGUGAUCGAGAAGUUCUCUCACAGCCGUGUGGAGAUCAAGGUGAAGGCUCGGAGUCAGUUUAAGACCCGAUCCACUGCCAACAACGUGUCCAUUCUGGUGCCAGUGCCCAGUGAUGCUGACUCACCCAAAUUUAAGACCAACACAGGCAGCGCCAAGUGGGUGCCUGAGAAGAGUGUGGUGAUGUGGAACAUCAAGUCUUUCCCUGGUGGUAAGGAGUAUGUAAUGCGGGCACACUUUGGGCUACCCAGUGUGGAGAGUGAUGAGCAGGAGAUGAAGAGGCCAAUCACAGUUAACUUUGAGAUCCCCUAUUUCACUGUGUCUGGAAUUCAGGUGCGUUACCUAAAGAUUAUAGAGAAGAGUGGUUACCAGGCAUUACCAUGGGUGCGCUACAUCACGCAAAGUGGAGAUUACCAGCUCCGGACAAACUAAAGGGCACAGAUGCUGCUAGACGAAUGGAUAUUUUCUCGCCUUCUUCCUCUCUUCUCUUCUAUCUGUUUCUCCGACCCCCCCGUCUCCCAUGGACAGCAGAGGACAAGUGCAGGAGGACGUAUGACAUUUUCACACACUCUCAAAGGAAACAAGACAUCAUCCCCUUCUCUAGGACUAACUCACCUCAGGGGGGACCUGUAAUUUAUUUUUAAGGGUUCCUCAGGACUCAGUAAAACAAUUUUAAUGUGCGAAUAAUGAACUGAUUACUUUGUGACACUGUCUUGUUCUGGCACGUUCUCAUUUCCUCACUUUUAAAUAUGAUAUCCCUUGGGAGCGGAAUUUGGGGAAUGCCACAUUAUUUGUCAUCUUUCCUCAGAAGAAAAUAUAUUAAAAUAUAGAAUUUCAAACCCGUCCACUGAAACAUGCAGCUUUCUACUGUGUAACAUGUAAUCCAUCAGAUGACUCAGUGCCAGUACACAGUAACUGUGAUGGAACAUUAUCAGUUUUUAUUUCUCAAAGAGCCAUGAUGUUGUGGAUUGGUGAUUUUUGUUUGUUUUUGUUUUUCCCCUUCUAAAUCAAUAGUGUGCCAUGUACUCCAGUGAGACCUCUUUUUUUUAUUUUGUAAAGGUCACAUGUUACUACAGCCAGCAUUUUAACCACCACAUCUGUCAGCACCUUUAACUGUUAGGGUGUUUAUUCCUUUUGUUUAAUUCAUGUUUUGCCCUUAAUCUAAACAUUUUUUUUUUUACCUGUAGGCCUGGACACUGUUACUCAGUUCUUAAUUUUUAUCUCUCUCAAUAUUUUGCACUAAUCAUAUUGUUAAUUGCCUUGAAAAUGCCUAUUUCUCAUCACCUUUAGCACUGUUAACAUAAUCCCCAGUGCAUGGAAACUUAAUACCAGUGACCAGAUCAAUGAUUAAUAAGGUGCAAUAUUGUCAGAGGCAUUGGCAGCGUAAUUCAACACCAUCGACACACUCCCAGGGGGCCUGUAACCUUGUCCUUAUGCUCAACAUCAGACUGAGGAAGAGACCUAAGGAGUGAGCAUUGUGAACAAAUGUUUGUCAGAUUUCUGUCUGUUUAAACUGUACUAGUUCGUCCCAUGUAGAAAAUGUUUUAAAGGAUAUGAAAGGGAGUUCAGGAGGAGGGGACAGGACCCAUGUAGAAUAAACUAGAGGGAUUUCUUUCUUAGCAGAAUCUGAGAAUAUUGACAAUAUGGUGAGAUAAUUGUUUUUCCAUGACUCUAUUUUUUAUAUGUUGACCUCCCCAGGCCUCACUUCUUUUUCCCAGCAGUCUGUGGUGUAAUUCACUCCCUCUGUAGUACGUGCGUUGCACCACAGCAGCUCGGCUGCACUGCCAGCAGCACAGAACAGUGUCCUGACUUGUCUUAUAGCAUCUCUGCUGUUACGUACCAAACCCUCUCUUACAGUCGGUCCAGGUUCUUGUCUGGGGACAUAUUUAAGAUACCACUGAGUAGUUUUAAUAAGUGUGUGUGUUAUCAUAAUUUUUUAAUUAAUUUAUCAACUGUUAGUCUAUAGGAAACAAAGGGGUAUAUUUGGAAAUAAACAUUUUUGUAUCUUGGAAUUUUUUUAAAUGUUGUGUAGCUCCCAAUAAAGAAUUGAAAUUAUGAAUAACUUAAUGCAGC